UAAAGAAAUAUUAUAAAGCAUAUUAAAAAACUUAUGGAAAAGUUUUGAAAAAAAAACUUGUGAAACUUUAAAGUUUGGCACUAAAAAGCAAUAGCAGUCAAGUGCAGCCAAAAGGUGGAGCUUCAGCAGUAACAACAGCAGUAAAAAAGCAGCAACAGCAGCAGUAACUACAACAACAACAACAAGAGCAGCAAACAACAACAAGAGCAACAACAACAACGACAACAUGGGAAAAAAGAGCUCGAAAUUGAAACAGGAUACCAUCGAUCGUUUAACAACCGACACAUACUUUACAGAAAAAGAAAUACGUCAAUGGCACAAAGGAUUUCUAAAAGACUGUCCGAAUGGUUUACUCACUGAGCAAGGUUUUAUCAAAAUCUACAAACAAUUUUUUCCACAAGGCGAUCCCAGUAAAUUUGCAUCGCUUGUGUUUCGUGUCUUCGACGAGAACAAUGAUGGGUCAAUCGAGUUCGAGGAGUUCAUACGCGCCUUAUCCGUCACAUCGAAGGGUAACCUGGACGAGAAAUUGCAAUGGGCCUUCCGUCUCUACGAUGUGGACAAUGAUGGCUACAUAACGCGCGAGGAAAUGUACAACAUUGUGGAUGCAAUCUAUCAGAUGGUGGGCCAGCAGCCGCAGUCGGAGGAUGAAAACACGCCGCAGAAGCGAGUGGACAAGAUAUUCGAUCAGAUGGAUAAGAAUCAUGAUGGAAAAUUAACAUUAGAAGAAUUUCGUGAGGGUAGUAAAGCUGAUCCACGUAUAGUUCAGGCGUUAAGUUUAGGUGGUGGUUAAACAAAUCAAUAGUAACGCGCAAUAACUACUCUAACAACAACAACAACAA